ACCAUUUUCUGCCGUUGUACAACUAGCCAGUACCUAAUCCUUCUGCCUGCCAGUGUGCAUAUCCCACACCCGCCAAGCAGCGCAAGUGCGUACGCUACCGCGAUAACAUCUAGCCGCGUGAUUCGCUGGAUCCUCUGGAAUGAUCGUCUUAGCCCAGGUCGCCUUUGGACCACAAAACUGAUACACGCACGUCACGUGCUGCAAUGACACGGUGUCUGCAGCGUCGCGAGAAUUUCCCGCCCCUAAAACCCGCCUCCUCGCUAAGCUCUCGACCGUGGAACCACCGCCGGCACGUGCGUGCCAGCUCAGCGCUCAUCUGUAGAUGCAUGAACGGAUAUUUCGACGCGGGAUGAGAUGCUCAGGUCGCGCGUGCGGGUUCGUCGUUUGGAGAGGAGAGAAGAGAAGAGAAGAGCCGCUUAAUUAUGAACCUUCGAGUCGUGGCCUUCGAGUCUUUGCGUCUUGGCACCACCUCUCCUCACAGCGAAUCUCACUCCAUCAGCCAUUUCCGAUCCACGCCCUAGUAAACUCCACGUUUUAGUAUCUCACAUGAAACUCGAAUAGGAGGGUCACCACCACAAUCACGACGACCGAUACACCGCGAUUAGAAGAAUCCAGAGCAGCGGCAAUGGCGGAGGAACACCGCAGAGGCGCCAUGGAAGACCUUGCCGCGGACAUUCCGCUUCCCCACGCCUCGUCUGCGCAUGCCGCCAUCCCCAGAGUCCCGUUUCCAGAGUCCGCUUCCCUCGGCGGCGGCGGCGCUACCCCGUCGGGCCGACGUGGCUUCUCGUCAAAUCUUCCCCGGCGCCUCCCUUCGCGCCCGUUAAGCAUCACACUUAGAACGCCGUCGCUACCGGAUUUCACCAAGGUUAAUCUCGCUGGCGGUUGCCAUAGUAGCGGUAAUAAUGGCGGAGUCGAUUCCCCCAGUUGCCGCCCUUCCCCCAGCAACCCCUUCUCGCCGCCCCUUUCCGCCGCUUCCUCCGCAACCGCCAGCCCCGACGUCUUCUGCGGCUCUUCCGCCUCCCCGUUCUCCGCCUCCCCGUGCUCCGCCUCUGCCGCGGUCAUGUACUCCCCCGGCCCCGUCUCCGCGCCGUCCGCGUCGACCCACAGCGCGUGGCGCAGCGGAGCGCAGGAGGAGGCAGAGGGUCGCGGCUCCGCAGGAGCCGCUCCAGCGGAGCAGGCGCUAUUGCCGCCGCCGCCGGCGGCGCAAGUGUUUGGGCGGAUCGCGGCGGGAGCUCGGGUCGGCAGCCGCGCCGUGUAAAAAAUCUCCCGUGCGGCUCGGAGCCGCCGCCUUUGCAGCGGACGGAGGUCGUGAUCGUGCGGCGCGGGGAGCGAAACCGAGCCGCUGCGGAGUACGGAACUGUUCCGGCGCUAGUAGCUUCCCCGAAGUACGGAACCGCUCCGCCACCCUCUCCAAGGGGGACCGUUGGCGGGCCCCCAACAGGGGCGCAGGGGGGCAUUUUCAGAAGCGCAUCUUGCGACGGCAAUAAUCACAGCUGCAAUGAUCAUGCUACCACAGCUGCUGCUAAUAGUAGUUGUGCUAGUACUUCUAGUGCUGGCGCCACGGAUUGCGGGAGCCUCAAACCGCUUCCUGGCUGGCCGCCAGUAGCAUCACCUUGCGCCGCCGGCAGACUCGGAGCUGCUGCUGGUGGUGAAGACGUUCCGAGGCGAGCGCAUUCCGCUGCCGCGUUGUCGUCAAGGCAAGGCGGCAAGCCAGCGUCGUUCCCCAGAAGCCGCUCCUCGAAUAGCCUCUACGGGGUCGCCGCCAAGCAGCGCGCAGCCGCCGCCGCCGCCGUCGCCGUCGCCUCCGCCGCGGGCGCGCUCGGUCCGCGCGCCAGCAUCAUAAGCGGAAGGGGCAGCCGCGCGCUGCUGGCAAGCAGCGGGCCCGGGCCGUUCAGCGGCAGGGGGAAAGCGCCGCAAGCCGCGGACGGGCGCGCGGGGGGCGAGCGGCAAUUCUCUGACGAGUUCCCCAUCCGCAGCGUUCCGGAGCACGCGGCGCUGCAGCAGAAGCAGCAGCAGCAGACGCAGACGCAGCAGACGCAGCAGCAGCAGACGCAGCAGCAGCAGACGCAUCAGCCGAUAAAACAGCAGCAGCAUGUGUCGCCAAGUCGCAAGGCAAUGUUGAGGGGGGAGGGGGCUGUGCACCGGAGCUCGACAGGGAGAGUGAAGAGUGAGGCAGAACAGCAGCAGCAAGAGCAGCAGCUACAACAGCAGCAGCAGCAGCUUCAGGAGAAGAAAAUGACUGAGGCGCCACCAAUGCCGCCGUCGGUGCAGCAGCAGCAGAGGAUGCAGGCCAUGGGGCAGACUCAGAGGCGGCGGCGAAACAUGUCGAAUGACGAGCUGCAGGCGCAGGUUGAGUCGCUAGAGGCGCAGCUGAAGCAGCUUCAAACGGAGCACCUUCUGCAGCAGGAGCAGGCGAAGCAGCAGGAGCAGAUGCCGCAGGACGCCCAGCAGAGGAGGCUGAGUCAGCAGCGGCAGCCAGAACACAAAGAGGAGGGGGGUGGGAAUGGUAAGGAGAAUGGCACGUGCAUGCACACAUAGGGGGAGGAAGAGGAGGAGGGGGGGGGGGAGAGGGAGAGGAGGAGGAAAUGGAGGAGGGUGAGCAGCAGCGACUGCAGGUGCGGCAGCAGCAUCAGAAGGAGUGGCAGAGAAUGGAGCUGAUGGUGCAGAAGGAGCAGGUGCAGAGGCAGGAAGAGGCGUGGCAGGAGGAGCAUCAGGAGAGGGUCAUGGCAAGACGCGCACCGCAGAGUCCUAUCUGCCUGAGUUUACAGAGGCGACACGAGGUCCGUUCCUUCAAAACGCAGCAGCAGCAGCACCGCUCACAAGUUGAGAAAGCUGGUGAUCGAGCGAUUGUUGCCUCUCCUAACGCACAGGAACAUUUCGAUGCAAGGGUGUUGCGCACCACUAGCUUGGACACUGCUGGUAUUAAAAAGUAUGCCAAGAUUCACAAUUCUUGGGGCACGGAGUUCUGUCUUCGGAGUCUUUCACCUCCUGGGAUGACAGAAUAUUUUGUUCCCAAGAGCCCUACGCCGGGGCAAAAGAAGGUGACACACAGGAGGAGAGUGAGCUUCAGCUCCACAAUCGACUUUAUAUCUGAGGAUUGCCCCCUUAAUCAAGCCCUCUACUUAGUUUUUGCUUCUCCAAGGAGUUGAGGCAUUGUAUGUGAUUGUGGGCAUCUGAUUAAUUGUCAUCUUUUAAGUGAUUUGAAAUGCUUUUCUUGUAUCUAACUCAU